CUCAAGCAACACGAAGAACACGAAACAGCAAACUUACUCGGCAUACUGAUGGUCUAUUCUCGCUUUCUUUGGUAUGAAACACAGAGGGGCGACAUGGCCCCAUGAUGGACUCGAGCCAGGUGGAGCUCCCAACGCUUGGAGACUUGGAGCUUCCGGAGGACACUCAGCUGCCCACAGAAGCACCGGAGGUACCAGAAGAGCUUGCAGAAGUAGAAGCUCCGAUAGAGGUUGCUCCGGCGUCUGGAGAGGUCCAUGCGGAUGUCGCGGAAGUCUCGGGAAGUGCAACACAGGUUCGAAGGAGGCUGGCUGUACAGUCGCCUGGCUUCGGCGUCUUUGCUCGGGCUGCGGCUGAAGCAGCUGCGGCCGCGCCGGUGCUUAAUGAUCCAUACCAGUACUGGGUGGCACCGGAAAGUGCAGAGGAGCGGGAAGCUAAGACCGCAAGAGAGAGGCUUCGAAAAGUGGCCAUCCUUGUGCUCAGUGAAGCCGAUGCUGAAAAAGGCAUGAAGCUUUCGGAGUUCAUGGAUAGCCUGGAGCAGCUUCAUCCGCAGGUGGCAAACGACAUGAAGACGUGCAGCUUCACGUCCGCGCAGGACAUGUUGAAGGCCAUGAAGAGCCUGGCCCGGCUUGGAGAAGCUGAGGGUGAGGAACGGCUCUUCCCCCUCUUCCCUCUGGAGCUCGAGGCGUCCAGCGACGGUGAGGUGAAGGAUGGCCGGAUGACGAUGAAAGUGGACAGGACUGGUGGUGCUGCUCUCGGGCUCAGCGUCGCCCCAGAUAAGGAGCAAACGGCCUUAGAGAUUCUCGACAUCAACGAUGGCCUUGUGAAGGAGUGGUGUCAAAAGAGGCCCAGUCGGAAGGUCUUCAAAGGCGACAGAAUCGUGGCCGUGAACAAGCUUUGCGGGUGCAGUCAGAAGUUGGUGGACCUUCUUCGACAGGAUGGACCUUUGGUGCUGUCGAUCAUGCGGGGCCCUCCACCAAGAGGGGGUCGUGGCGGAGGCGGCAAGGGCAAGGGUCGUGGUGAGGUGCGUGUGCCAGGGGCCGCGGCCAAAAGUUCCUUUCGUCGAAGGCUGGAGCACCGACAAACUCGCCGGUGCAGGUCUUUUGCUCAUCGCCCGUUGCGAGGCUACAGAAGUCGCAGCAGAAGUAGACGUUCAAGGGGAAGACACAAAGAGGCCUCCCACAAACGUCGCACUUCCAGGCGCGGAAGCCGCUCCCGAGAUGACCAGAAAACCCAGGCGCAGAUGUUCGAGAAGAUCUCACGUCGCGCCAUUUGUGCAGUUUGUAUGAAGCCUUUGGGAGCCUUCGGGACACUGGACCUCCGAAAGUGUGGGCAUCGCGUGCAUGCGCAAUGCCUUGUCGGCGUCGAGCGUGACGAGGAAGGUCAUCCUAUGUGCGAAGCAUGCAAGUUCAUUGCACGAUACAACAGCCUCAAGAGCAAGAAGCAUCAUCCGCGGAAAGAGGAGAAGACGAAGAAAAAGCGGAAACGAAGGAGUUCCAGCUCCAGGCACAAAAAAGGCCGAAGGCAUGGCAGGAGCAGCUCCAGCUCCAGGAGUGAAAGCAGUGCAGGCUGGGGCUCGAGCGAAGAUUCCAAACCUCCAGGCUUGCUCACGGCGAUUCGUGGCACGUCCCGCUUUUGCUCUGCCUGCGGACAGCACAUGGGCUGGGUGGAGAAGUUGACACCGAGUGCAAUGCAAUCGGCCCCACAGCCACUUUGUGGAAUCUGUCAAGCCAAAAAGGAGAAGCAGGAGAACGAAAAGGCGAACGUCGAGAGUGAAGAUCUCAUGGAGGUGGAUGCUUGGGGCUUCCAGAUGGCUAUGGAUCAGGUAAAGGAAGCAGCCUGCCCAGAGGAUGGAGCAGCCGUUCUGGAGGCGCUCCUCAAGUCGAAGCCCUCUGAGGAGUUCUUAAAGGAGGGCUCUUGGGAG